CGGAAAUCUGUAGCAGGUCAUUGUUUGCAGCUUUCUUCAUCGCUGGGCUGUCCAUUCCAUCGCGGCGUGGUUCAAUUUCAGGGGAAGAGACAUUGUUAAAGAGGUUUUUCUUACUCCUAGUCCUAGUCCUAGAAGUAAGUAUUUAUAUGGCAGCGAUGGUUUUACUCCAUUUAGUUCAAGAGUCGGUUAGGAUGAUACUGUGAGGAUAUCCAUAGCAAUUCAAAGAGCAAUUUCACUCCUUCACGGAAAUAGAUAUGGAGUUGGCUCUCCUCAAUAUCUGAUGUGCAUUGAGAGAAUUCAUACCAAUCCUGAUUUUCUUGGCUUUGCUCUGAUGAUUGUUGGAUAAUGUUUCUGGCUUGCUUUUCCUUUUUAAUGACAAUUCCUUUGAACAAGAUUCUUGAGCCGCCAAUAACUUUAACUUUCACACACGCUCACCAAAUCUGAAAAAUAAGAGGAAAGACAUCAAUUUCUUGCUAAGAAGAACAAGCUCCUGUUUGAUUAGGUGAAAAAAUUGCCUUAGCAUGUCAACUGGAGCACGCACACUGCUUGCAAACUGUUCUUAUUCUCUAUACAUAGAACAUAAAGAAUGCUUGUCCAAGAGUACCAAUGUAAGAUACGCCAGCCGUUCUGAUGCUCUAUUCCUUUUGUCUUAUUGGUGAUUCAGUGUCUGAGGAAGGAAAUUAGUUUGAUUUCAUCUCAAAGCAUGUAUAAGGAUGUGAUUCUCAAAGUGGAAAAGAAUUGUUCUAGAAAAAUGUAUUCAUUUUAUGACAAGGUUUCUCAGGCGUUGCAGUUUCAAAAUCGAAUUUCAGACAUACAGAAUACUUGUGGCAAUGUCAUAUUGAAACAAGCUGGCUGGUCAUCAAAUACUGAAGAGAUUCUUGCAAGCCAAUUGGUGUUAGUACUGCGCACUUCUUAUGAUACUUCUGUACUUCGCCAAGGUAGACAGAUUCAUACGCAGAUGAUUAUCAGUGGAAUAACGAGUAAUAGUCUUAAUGUGAAGAUGCUGGGUAUGUAUGCUCUUAGUGGUAGCAUCAAGGAUGCUAGAAACAUGUUUUACAGACUUGAACUGUGCUAUACUCUUCCCUGGAAUUGGAUGAUAAGAGGGCUUACAAUGAUAGGUUGGUUCAAUUUUGCCUUGUUGUUUUACUUCAAGAUGUUGGCUAGUAAAAUUUCUCCUGAUAAAUAUACAUUUCCUUAUGUCAUUAAAGCUUGUGGUGGCUUAAAUAAUGUUCGGUUGGGCAAGGUGAUUCAUAAUACUAUUCAAUCGAUGGGCUAUCAUAUGGAUUUGUUUGUUGGUAGUUCAUUAAUCAAGUUGUAUGCAGAAAAUGGUUAUAUUCACGAUGCAAAAUGCUUAUUUGAUAAAAUGCCUGAGAAAGAUGGCAUUUUGUGGAAUGUCUUGCUCAAUGGAUAUGUUAAAAGUGGAGAUUCUAACAAUGCUAUUGGAACUUUUAACGAAAUGAGGAAUUGCAAUAAUAAACCCAAUGCAGUCACAUAUAGUUGUAUUUUGUCUGUAUGUGCCGCAAAAGGGAUACAUUACUUUGGCAGUCAGCUUCAUAGUCUAGUUAUUGUUAGUGGUUUUGAGUUUGAUUCCCAGGUAGCCAACACGCUACUUGCUAUGUAUGCUAAAUGUGGAAACCUUUCUGAUGCACAUAAGUUGUUCAAUGUGAUGCCACGGACUGAUACUGUGAGUUGGAAUGGAUUAAUUGCCGGAUAUGUACAAAAUGGAUUUACAAAGGAGGCUUUACCAUUGUUUAAUAAAAUGAUCUCUGCUGGUGUCAAACCAGAUGCAAUCACUUUGUCAAGUUUCCUUCCUUCUGUCAUUGAAUCCAGGAGUCUUAAAUAUGGUAAGGAAGUUCACAGUUAUAUAUUGCGACACAGUAUGCUUUUCGAUGUUUAUCUGAAGUGUGCUCUUAUUGAUAUAUACUUCAAGAGUGGAGAUGUGGAUGCGGCGCAAAAGAUUUUCCAGCAGAGCAAUGAUGUUGAUUUUGUCAUUUGCACUGCUAUGAUAUCAGGCUAUGCUCUUAAUGGGCUGAAUAGGGAUGCUAUAAACAUGUUCAGGUGCUUAAUUCAACAGAAAAUGAUGCCUAAUUGCCUGACUCUGGCUAGCGUUUUGCCAGCUUGUGCUGCUUUGGCUGUUUUGAAAUUAGGGAAGGAAAUACAUGGUAAUAUACUCAAAAAAGGACUUGAUAAUGUGUGCCAUGUUGGAUCUGCUAUCACAGACAUGUAUGCAAAAUGUGGAAGACUGGAUCUUGCUUAUCAUUUUUUCAGAAGACUGUCUGAGAGAGAUAGUGUGUGUUGGAACUCAAUGAUUGCAAGCUUCACACAGAAUGGGAAACCUGAAAUGGCCAUGGAACUUUUCCGUCAAAUGGGAAUGAGUGGAACUAAGUAUGAUUCUGUCAGCCUAUCAACUGCUCUUUCUUCUUGUGCAAAUUUACCUUCACUCUAUAAUGGGAAAGAAAUACAUGGCUUCGUAAUUAGAACUGUAUCCAAUGCUGACAUUUUUGUUGAGAGUGCAUUGAUAGACAUGUAUUCUAAAUGUGGAAAAUUAGUCAUGGCACGGUGUUUGUUUGACUCAAUGGAUCAAAGGAAUGAAGUUUCAUGGAAUAGCAUCAUCACUGCAUAUGCGAACCAUGGUUAUCCUCGAGAAUGCCUUGAUCUAUUCCAUGAGAUGUUGAAAAUUGGAAUUCGUCCUGACCAUGUUACUUUUCUUAUAAUAAUAUCUGCUUGUGGCCAUGCUGGCCUAGUUGAUGAAGGCAGAUGCUACUUCCAUCGCAUGACUGAGGAAUUUGGAAUUUCUGCUAAAAUGGAGCAUUAUUCAUGCAUGGUAGAUUUAUAUGGUCGUGCAGGUCAUUUGCAUGAGGCUUUUGACACUAUAAAGAGCAUGCCAUUUGCUCCGGAUGCGGGUGUUUGGGGAACACUUCUUGGAGCUUGUCGCGUACAUGGCAAUGUUGAGCUUGCCAAACUAGCAUCAAGACAUAUUCUUGAAUUAGACCCCAAAAAUUCAGGAUAUUAUGUGUUGCUCUCAAAUAUACACGCUGGUGCUGGGGAAUGGACAAAUGUUCUGAAGAUAAGAAGUUUAAUGAAGGAAAAAGGAGUUGAAAAGAUCCCUGGGUACAGUUGGAUUGAUGUCAACAGCAUCACCCACAUGUUCUCUGCUGCAGAUGGAAGUCACCCACAAUCUGUUGAGAUUUAUUUGAUUCUGAAUUGUCUUCUUCUGGAGCUCAGAAAAGAGGGUUAUGUUCCUCUACCAUACCUUCCCAUGCAUCGACAAGUCAUGGCCAAAAAUCAAAGAGAUACAAAAUGACUGCUUUCAGGUUGCCAGAAUCAGUUGGAGCAAAAAUUCUGUUUUGUGGCUCAUGAAUUUAUACAAUGACAUCUACUGGACCUUAUGGUGGUUUCCUUUAUGGCUCUACUUCGUGUAGUGGCCAGCCAGACCUUAAUAAUUUAAUAAGAGCUGCUGCUUAUGAAGCUAAGAAAUCUCUUAGACAAUCACGUCUUCAGAGGGCAAGUUUCUUAUUUACUUCUGAUCAUCAGUGUGCCAACAUCCACAGUAGCCUAGAAACCAGAAGCUGAUGUUAUGCAUCUCCAUGACAAGCUUGGAGCUGACGAUUGCCCCAAUGCAAUUUAUGAUACCCCUGCAGAAGUUCUUGAACAUGUCAGUUAAUAUGGUGAGGGCCAUGUCUUGGAGAGUGGACACACGUUAGCACUAUUCAUUUUCUAACAAAUGUGCAGGAUCAUCACGUCUUUCGCA